UUCAUAGAGGCAGUGAUCAUGUUUCCAUUCCAAACGCCAUAGGAGAGUGAGCAAGGAGAGGCCAACUAUGCACGCGACUGUGUAUGGGUCGAUUAGCUUUCAGCUUUCAAUGGAGAGCACAAAGGCAGAGUAAACCGUGCCGUUUUAUUACCGUAUAACUAUCGUAUACCGUGAAAACGAGUUGUUCUGCUUUAUCGCUUGUAAACCAUAUUCACGAGUAUUUUAGUGUAGAAUUAUGGUGAAAUUUUGGAUAAUCGAGCCGGCUAUAACCUUUGCUUACACUAGGCCUAGCUAUGACUAUGUAAUACUGCGUGUGCAGAUUUUCCUACAAUGCGGACGGUGAAAAGGAAGAUACUGAUUAUAUCAGCUUUUACAUGUCUUUCACUUGGUGGGAUUUAUAUUCUCUUCAUUCGGAACGGCAAACAUAUCGAAGAAGUUACACUGCUCGCUAAAAGACAGGCAGCUAAGACAUUAGACAGCUCGUUUAAGGGAGGAAAUGCAAAAGAGAAUAUUUUUGUGCCUCGAAACAAAACGAGACAAGACAACGGACCGUGUUACCGCCAGGUUCAGAUAUGGAGAGGCGCCAAAACCCCUCAAACGCCGGGAAAAUUUCAGUGCCCGGGGCUCAAGUGUGGAAUAAAAUUCGUCGAAGACACCAGUUUUGAGACAUUGAAGAGCAGUGAUGCGGUUAUUUUCUAUCACUUCUGGAGGUGGAAUUGGGCCGAACUGCAAAGGCGACGACCGAUGAAUCAAGCAUGGGUGUUCUACUCCAUAGAGAGUCCCAAGCUCACGGGCAGAUCGUCGAUGCCACCUCGCGGUUUUGAUCGCCUAUAUAAUUUCACAAUGUCAUACAGGCCAUCGUCAACGAUUCAUAGUCCAUAUGGUUAUUAUGACACCACCGUUCCUCAGGUGACAGACAAAAAUCGAAAUUGGGCCCAAGGGAAAAGUGAACUCAUUGCAUGGGCCGCGUCCAACCACUGGGACACGACGUGGCGCCGUACGAAGUUCGUACAAACACUUUCCAAGUACAUCAGUGUCGACAUGUACGGAGCCUGUGGAAACAAGGUCUGUAACAUACAUUCUGCUGCCUGUAUCCAGAAGCUCAAAGCUCACAAGUUUUACCUGUCGCUGGAGAACGCCGAGUGUCGCGACUACAUCACAGAAAAAUUCUGGAAGAAUGCUCUCCUCCGCGACAUCUUGCCCAUCGUCUACGGUCCACCGAGGGAAGAUUAUGAGCGCGUAGCGCCACCAAAUUCUUUCAUACAUUUACAAGAUUUCAAAGAUUUCAAUGAACUUGUGGAUUAUAUAAAACUUCUUGAUUCAAAUGAUACCUUGUAUAAUUCAUAUUUUGAAUGGAAGACGCAAGGUUCGAUACAGAUUGUUGGUGAAGCAGUUAUUCUAGGACCUCAUUUUUUGUGUGAGGUCGUGGCGAAAUUAUUGGAGCAGGAAAAGAAGUUGGAUGCUGGUUACGAAGAAGCAAGUAAUCGAAAUCCGUCGAUGCAUGAUUAUUGGUCAACUUCGUGCUUCAAAUCAACCGGAUUUCCUCAUGAUUUUUAAAGGUCAAUUCUACACCAGAAAAUAAUUUAGAUUUUAAUCAAAAGAGGAAAAUCAAUCUAGCGUAUAUACGCUGAAAUUUCACCGAAAUCGGAUGUAAAAUAAGAAAGUUAUGGCAUUUUUAAGUUUCGCUUAGUUUUCACAAAAAGUUAUAUGCACAACGUAGUAACAUACCUGAGAGAUUCAGUGAUGUCCUUCAAUCAAUAUUAUGUUCUUAUUUUUAAAUUAUAAAAUAUAUUUCAAUUUUUACAGAUUUGACGAUUA